UGUCUCUGACGCCGCUGCCUACCGAAGCUCGGUGUGUUUCUUUCCCUUGCCCACCUUGCGUCCUGUCCGGCGUCUUCUACGGUUCAUCGGUGUGCGUUUGUCGGUGUCUGGUUUGUGCAUGUGGGCUGUGAGCCGGUGAGGGAGUUGCUAUAAUGGACGCAACCAAGGACGCGCCAGACGGCGCAAAGAAGGAGGAGGUCAAGCCUGUGGUGGAGGAGACCGCUGCCGCUAUCGUGGAUGCCCCAGCGGCUGCUACUACGCCUCCGCCUCCAGAAACUGCUGCUGCUUCGGAAUCAGAGGCUCCAGUACCUCCGACUGAGACGGCAAUCCCCGUUGAGUCAAAGCCGACCGAGGCCAGCCCUGCUGAGACAACGCCUGUCGAAGUAAACCCUGUCGAAGUUACGCCGGUUGAGACAGAGCCUGUGGAGUCAAAACCAGUCGAGACGACAUCUGAGGAGGUCCCGCCGGUUGAAAUCAAGGCCGUCGAGACGACGUCGGUUGAGGCACCACCACCUGUCGAGACUAAGGCUGCCGAGGAGAUGCCUGUCGAUACAAAGCCCGUGGAAGCUGCACCUGUUGAGGAGAAACCAGUUGUAGAGACGCCUACGGAAGCGAAGUCUGUUGAUGAGACCACUGUCGAACAAAAGGCCGUUGAUGCUACGCCUGCCGAGAUAAAGCCAGUGGAAGAGACACCUAUCGAAGCCAGGUCUGUUGAGACGAAACCCGUUGAACAAACACCAGUCGUGGUUGCACCCGUCGAAGAAGUUGAGGAUUUCUCAGAUCCAGACUCGGAUGACCUGGAUGACUUGGAUGACAUGCUCGAUGACUUCUCGACAGUCAAGAUAGACCCAAAGCAGUCGGUUGAGCCUCCCAGUCCCGGGAAAUCAGAGGUGCCCAAGGAUGCUGCCUCCGGGAAGCAGCCAGAUCUUGACGAUGCUUUCACGGAAGAGGAUUUUGCCAAGCAGUUGCAAGCUGGCAUGGCUGAUCUGUUGGGCGAGCUUGAAAAAUCGCCCGACAUGCAGGCGCAAUUUGAAGACAUUUUUAAGCAAAUUGCAGCUUCAGAAGGAACCUCAGACCCUGUUGUGCCCAGCGGCUCGGCCAACACCGCUCCCCAGGCCUCCACCGAGGACGCCUCGUUCCAAGACACCAUCCGACGGACCAUGGAGCGCAUGCAGACUUCGGGCGAGCAGGCCACUGCGGCGGCCGCCUCAGGUGGCGGCGACGACUUCAUGUCGGAGAUGCUCAAGCAACUAUCUUCGGGCGAUCUCGGCGCACUUGGCGGCGACGGCAGCGAAGAGGAGUUCUCCAAGAUGCUCAUGGGCAUGAUGGAGCAGCUCACUAACAAGGAAAUCCUCUACGAGCCCAUGAAGGAGCUCGACGACAAGUUUCCCGCGUGGCUCGCCAAGAACAGCGGAACCACGCCCAAGGAGGACCUGAAGCGGUACGAGGAGCAGCAGACUGUGGUGCGCGAGAUCGUGGCCAAGUUUGAGGAGAAGACAUACUCGGACUCGAAUGCUGCGGAUAGGGAGUUCAUCGUAGACAAGAUGCAAAGGAUGCAAGCGGCAGGAUCCCCUCCCUCGGAUCUGGUCGGAGACAUGGCAUCAGCACAGGAAGCCUUGAACCCAGGAGAUGAAGCAUGUAACCCUCAGUAAAUACGGAGGCUGGAUAUUUUUCCACGUUUAUAUACCCUUUCACGUGGUUACUAUCUAUACACAGCCAAUAUAUGGCUAGCCCGGGUA